AUGGUCCUUUCUCCCUUUCUUCAUGCCCUCUAUGAGCAAGACAUCCUUCGAGAACCAACCCUCCGGGCCACCAACGACUGGAAUAGCAGGAAAUUACUUUAUCACAUCAGACAGUCUCUCCGGGACCUACAGGUAGUCUUCAUCUUCAUGAAUGGGACUGUCGCCAGCGUCGAGUGUCACUUCGUCCUGCAAGGAUACGGCAUCGUCACCCUCUACGUCUUCAGCAAUCAGUCUGGGACACCUAAGGACUGUGUAAGCUGCUGGUGGCAGAGUUCCCACCGGAGUUAUGAGCCGUGCUCGUUUAACCACUGCGCUCGAAAACGCAUCGAACGACGGACGGGCUUCUUCAUUUUGACACCAGCCAUGUGUCGCGAGCUGGACAGCCUGUUGGAAGCAAUUCGACUGAAAACAGCUGCCGUCACACGUGAAAUUCGAAACGAAGCACUCCCCCAGCCCAUUUGGCAGAAGCUCCGUGCUUUGCAAGCGGCAAUAGACACCCUUCUAGUACGAUUGGGAGCCAGCCAGCAGUAA